CUACCAACCUCUACCCUACUACUUAUAGACGCUAAUGAGCACCACCCUUGGUGGGACCCAGGCUGUAAAACUAGCCAAGACGGCCAGCUAUUAGCAGAUUGGAUAGAAGACCAGAACCUUAGCCUUCUUAACACGCUAGGAGCUACUACUUUCUUUAGACCUAAUAUGUUUCGAGAAACAACACUAGAUCUAUCUAUCGCUACUCUGGAUCUAGAAGACAAAGUACAAGACUGGCAAAUUACAACGGAACCUGGAUCUGAUCACCACGGAAUACUCUUCUCAAUC